UUUUAUUGUUUGUGUGAAAUCAACUAGCCAAUUCUUUUUUAUGUAAAUGACAACAUGACUAUACAAAGUGAUCAUCGUGCAGCAUCUGAAGGAAUCUUAGAGAAUGUUUGGGCAAGCUACAUAGGAGAAGAUAGAGGAGACAUAGGAAUUAGUAAUAGUGAACAAGAGGUGUCUAAAUCAUGGCAGGAAUUGCCUAGUCUUGAUAGGAGAGAUGAGUCGAUGGAGGCUCUACAAAGGCUACCGAGUCUAGGCAGGUGGAUCUCGAUGGGUGCUGAGACCUGGGAGGAACUUCUUGAUGGAAUCAUUCCUGAAAUUAACGAUACUUGCAAUGAUAGUGCAGAAAACAAAGGCCCCAGCAGCCUAAGCUCCAAAGCGAGUGCUGUGAAAGUAGAGAAAGUGACCACCAGGCAUUACCGGGGAGUAAGGAGGCGGCCUUGGGGAAAGUAUGCAGCAGAGAUAAGGGACUCGUCGAGAAAAGGAGCUCGAGUUUGGCUUGGGACUUUUGAGACAGCUGAAGAAGCAGCUUUGGCUUACGACAAGGCUGCUUUGAGAAUCAGAGGCCCCAAGACAUACCUCAACUUCCCACUUGAAACAGUUGCUAAGGCUAUGUGCAUUGACUGCUCCAAAAACGACUCCAAUGUUUUGUCCACCACAAAUUCUCUAGGGAACGACACUUCUUGCACAUUUCCGGGAAGCAGUGACAAAGUUUCAGUUAUCCAUAGAAAAAGGGCUUCAAGAGAUUGGGAAGUGAAAAGUGAGUCGACAAUGAUGGAACAACCUGGACUCAAGAGAACGGCUCGCGUAGAAGAAUUGUAUGCGAAUGAUGUGGUAGAAUUUCAGGACCUGGGGAGUGACUACCUGGAAAGUUUGCUGUCCUCUUUCUAGAUGAUGUAUAUCAUUGGUAUAAUUAUUUUUACUUCUUACACAAUACUAUUAGGCAUACGGAGUGCUGUCAAUGUAGGAAUUCAAAGGCGGUCAGGAAUAUUAUUUGUAGUCAGGUUUUGUAUGUCCUCUUUCUAGAUGAUGUAUAUCAUUGGUAUAAUUAUUUUUA